AUGGAAGGUCAGAAAGAGGUACAAGAUCGGGAACAUUCCGUGAUGCAUGUUGAUGAAACGCCUCCAGAAAAAGAAUCGAAAAAGGGAACACAGGGAUGGUCGACUUCUUUUGCCAACAUAGUCAAGACAGGAAAAAGUGCAUCUCGACAAGGAAACCUUGGUGCAGAAGUCAAUAGGGAAGAGGAAGCAGAAAAGGUAAAUGAAGAGGAGGACGGAGAUGAUGAGAACGAAGAUAUAGAUGAUGAGGAGAUUACUAUCAAAAAGAUGCCUAAUGGCUUGCUAAAUCUGAUUAUAGGGGAAAGUAUACAAAAGGAAAUUAGGGAAGAAUGGUGGAACUCCCUAAUAGUGAAACUGCUUGGCAGAAAAAUCUCCCUUUUGGCUCUGAAAAGGAGAUUGGAAACUAUGUGGGCCAAAAUGGGAAGCAUUGAGGUAAUAGACCUGGGCUGUGAUUUCUUCUUGGUAAGGUUUUUCAAUUCAGAGGAUUUGGAUUACGCUCUUAUGGAAGGACCAUGGAAGAUUCUAGAUCACUACUUGACUGUUCAGUUUUGGAAACCGGAUUUUGAUCCAACUACGGCGUCCAUUGACAAGAUUGCUGCUUGGGUGAGGCUCCCAGGACUAGCAAUAGAAUAUUACAACAGGACUAUUCUACAAAAAAUUGGGAAUAUAGUGGGGAGAACACUGAAAGUGGAUACUAACACUGCGGAGGUCUCCAGGGGAAAGUUCGCCAGAAUUUGUGUGGAAGUAGAAUUGGACAAACCUCUGGUGUCCCAAUACCUAAUCAAUGGUAUACCUCAUGCAGUUGAAUAUGAAGGGCUCCAUCUUGUUUGCUUUUCAUGCGGAAGAGUGGGCCAUGAUAGGGAGAACUGCCCUGAAAAGAAAAAGAAUGCUUCAGAGGCUCAAAACGGUAAUGGCGAAAACACAGCAAAAUAUUCAGAGGUAGAAGAAAGGGACAAAAAUGUAAAGGACAAGAUUGACAAGGGCAAAAAAGUCCAAGGAAAAAAUGAAGGGGAUUUUGGCCCUUGGAUGUUAGUGCAGAGACAUACACGUGGCAAGAAAUCCACAAAUCAUGGAGAAGGUACCAGCAAAGGUGGAAAUGCGCAAGAAAAAGGACAGAAUGUGGGUGGAAAUGGGAAACAAUCUCGUUUUGCUAUGCUGCAAAUAGAAGAAUCUUCCAAUGAUGAGGUACACAAAGAGGCAUCCCCAAAACGACAUGGUGUGAUUAAUUCAGAUGCUACCAUCCAAGAGAAGGCUCAGUCAUCCGAAGCUAACCCUACCCAGCCCAAAACCCGAACAAACUCACUGCCCAAUACCCAGCCAGCCCAUUUAAAAAGUAACUCUUUGACCUUACAACAAGCCCAUUCUAUCUCUAAAGAGAACCCAUCUGUCCCUAAACCGGCUGCCUCUUCAGCCCCACCGAGAAUAUCUUCGACUGAUCACCCCUUUGACCCCCAACACCAUCAAGAGAAUUGGGCCAACCCAUCACCCUGCAGCCCAACACCCUCCCUUAUUUUUGUAGAUUCAGCGGGUAACCCAACUCCUUCUAAAGAACCCCCUGAUCCAGUUCCCCCAGGCUUUGUUUCUGUUGACUCCAGGGAGCUCUCUAUGGUAAUGAAGGACUUUGAAAAUAGAGAGAUGGUAAUUGCAGAAGUGGCUAUGGAAGAACAUCCUUCUCUGGAGGAUGAAAUGGUGUGCUCGUAA